AUGUUUGGCAACACUAAAAUCACACUAUCACGCGCUCGGCCUCCAUUCAUCCUGAAAACUAAGCAAUUAGCUCCACAGAAGGAACUACUGAUUCAAAAAACAAAUCAAGUAAACCAAAGAGAGAAUUCAAUGACGUCAAAACGACAUAUUCGCUUUGUAUCGAUAUUACUGGGUGCGCUAGUUUUGAUAGUGCUUAUUAUUACUAUCCCAGUGGUACUUACUCGCAAUCGUGCGACCAGCCAAUCCAAAGAAAAGACGAUGACUACUGUCAAUAUUUCAUCUGCUUCAAUGACGACAGAGAUUACCAAAACUCACAGUACAAAUGAUGUUGCAUCCACUAGCCUAUCAUCAACUACCAAUACUGACUCUAAUCCAGUACCAACGUUGAUGAUGGAAAGUACUGAUUAUGCUAGCGUCGAAAAAUAA